UGCUGUUCUUUUCAUCCUUCAUUUUUAAACUGUUGUUGACAAUUUUAGUAAAACCCCAUGUUGGUUUCAUCCCCAGAAGUGCAUGUAUUUCUCCUUGAUUGCUUCUGUUCACGUUUUUGCUUACCUUUGUCGGCAGGUGGUGCUUGGAAUCUUGAAUUCAUGAUAAUCUGAGACAGGAAAAAUCCAGUUUGUCUUGUUUCAAAGACAAGAUUUUUUUUUGUUUUGUUUUUGGUCAUAAGAAGACAUGGAUGAGGUCUUGUUGAUUCCCAGAUUCAUCAGAAGAAUUUUCAUGUUGUUGAGUCUUUGGUUCCUAUGCAUCCCUGUUGGAGUCAUCUGCAGCACUGUGAAUGUUUCAGCUUCUUCGAACUCUUCUUCUUCUUCUUUGAAGCCAAAAGUUAUAAAUAUUGGAGCUUUGUUCACGUUGAAUUCAGUCAUUGGAAGAGCAGCACAGCCUGCGAUUGAAGCCGCCAUUGAUGACGUCAACUCCAAUGCCAACAUUCUUAAUGGGCUUCAAUUGAAACUCGUUGUCCGUGACACAAAUUGCAGUGGAUUUGUUGGAACCAUGGAAGCUUUGCAGCUAAUGGAGAGUGAUGUUCUCGUCGCGAUCGGUCCGCAAUCCUCCAGUAUAGCUCAUGUUAUCUCUCAUGUUGUUAAUGAGCUUCAUGUCCCUCUUCUCUCGUUUGGAGCAACGGAUCCGACUCUUUCGUCGAUGCAGUACCCGUUCGUCCGGACUACGCACAGCGACUACUUCCAAAUGUAUGCGAUCGCCGAUAUAGUCCAUUACUACGGUUGGAGGGAAGUGAUAGCUAUAUAUGUGGAUGAUGAUUAUGGGAGAGGUGGGAUUUCUGUUUUGGGUGAUGCCCUGGCGGCAAAACGUGCCAGGAUUUCGUAUAAGGCCGCCUUUGUCCCCGGAGACACCGCGAGUAAGCUCAAUGACUUGCUCGUCCAGGUUAACCUGAUGGAGUCUCGAGUUUAUGUAGUUCAUGUUAAUCCAGACACUGGUGUGAAUAUCUUCUCUGUUGCUAAGUCUCUUAGUAUGAUGAGUGAUGGCUAUGUUUGGAUUGCUACGGACUGGCUUCCUUCGUACAUGGAUUCGAAGGAGUCGGUCGAUCCCGACACGAUGAAUCUCUUGCAAGGAGUCAUCGCUCUCCGUCAUUACACCCCCGAUACUGAUCUGAAGAAGAGUUUUAUGUCUAAGUGGAACAACCUGAAGUACAAGGGAAGUGCAGGUCAUGAAGGCUUCAAUUCUUAUGCACUUUAUGCUUAUGAUUCGGUUUGGUUGGCCGCACACGCCCUCGAGGCUUUUCUCUACGAAGGCGGAAAUUUGUCGUUCUCUAGUGACCCGAAUCUGCACGAUACCAAUGGCAGCAUGCUGAAUCUAGCAUCGCUUCGUGUGUUUAAUGGCGGCGAAAAACUUCUUCAAACACUUCUGAGAAUGAACUUCACUGGUCUAAGUGGUCAGGUUCAGUUUAAUCCAGAUAAACAUCUAGUUCAUCCUGCAUAUGAUGUUCUUAAUGUUGUUGGAACCGGAACUCGUAGAAUAGGCUAUUGGUCGAAUUAUUCUCAUCUCUCGAUCGUUCCCCCGGAGACCUUAUAUUCAAAGCCUCCCAAUGUAUCUACUGGCAGUCAACAUCUUUACAGUGUGAUAUGGCCCGGUGACACUACCGCAACGCCAAGGGGAUGGGUAUUUCCUAACAAUGGGCAGCCUCUGCGAAUCGCUGUACCCAACCGAGUCGGUUAUAAAGAGUUUGCCUCGAAAGACAAGAGUCCUCAGGGUGUAAGAGGAUACUGCAUUGAUGUCUUCGAAGCAGCGAUAAGCUUGCUCCCGUAUGCAGUCCCUCACACGUAUAUGUUAUUCGGGGAUGGUAAAAGAAAUCCGAGCUAUGAUGACCUUGUCUACAAGGUUUCUCAAAACGUAUAUGAUGCUGCAGUUGGAGAUGUUACUAUCGUAACGAACAGGACAAAGAUCGUAGACUUUACGCAGCCUUAUAUGGAAUCCGGACUCGUCGUUGUUGCGCCAGUGAAGGAGGCCAAAUCAAGCCCUUGGGCGUUCCUCAAGCCAUUUACUAGAGAAAUGUGGUUUGUCACUGCUGCAUUCUUUCUCUUUGUCGGAGCUGUCGUGUGGAUUCUCGAGCACCGGAUGAACCAAGAAUUUCGCGGUCCUCCGAGGCAACAGCUUAUAACAAUUUGUUGGUUUAGCUUCUCGACGAUGUUUUUCUCGCACAGAGAAACCACCGUGAGCACUUUGGGACGAUUGGUGUUGAUCAUAUGGCUAUUCAUAGUUCUGAUCAUUAACUCGAGCUACACUGCUAGUUUAACAUCGAUACUCACGGUGCAGCAGCUAACAUCGGGGAUUCGAGGGAUUGAUAGCUUGAUCUCAAGUACCGAACCUAUCGGAAUCCAAGACGGUUCGUUUGCUUUGAAGUAUUUGGUUGACGAACUCAGUAUAGCACAAUCUAGGAUAGUUCAUUUAAAAAAUCCAGAGGCAUAUCUCAGAGCCCUUGAGCUUGGACCGAAGAAGGGCGGAGUAGCUGCCAUUGUCGACGAGCUCCCUUACGUCGAGCUCUUCUUAUCGACCACCAACUGUCAAUACCAAAUUGUUGGCCCCGAAUUUACGAAGAGCGGAUGGGGCUUCGCUUUCCAAAGGGACUCCCCUCUCGCGGUCGAUAUGUCGACUGCAAUCCUGCAGCUCUCGGAGAACGGCGAUCUCGAGAAAAUACGUAACAAAUGGUUGACGCACAGCGAGUGCGUGUCGCAAGUUAAUCAAGUUGGCGAGAACCAACUCUCCCUCAACAGCUUUUGGGGCCUGUUCCUCAUAUGUGGCAUUGCUUGUGCGUCUGCUCUCAUCAUAUUCUUUUGCAGAGUCUUUGCUCAGUACCGCCGGUUCAUCCCCGAAGACGAGGAAAGCAAUGUCGAGACGAUCGAGCCUUCGAGGUCGAGCCGACGGUCCAUCCGCGCGACGAAGAGCUUUAAGCAGAUAAUUGACUUUGUAGAUAGGAAAGAAGCAGAGAUUAAGCAGAUGUUGAAGAGAAAGAACAGUAAUGAGAGUAAACAAUAGAACAGCCAUAGUUUCUCAUAUGGUCAAACAAGUUCACCUUCUUAGAAAUACAAAAACAGAAACAGUUUGAUUUGAUCUGUUGGAACUUCAAAUCUUCCUUUUUUGUGUUUUGUGUUAGGGAAUCAAUACAAAUUCAUAAAUCCAAUCU